AUGCAGACAGGAACACAGCAUUGCAUUUGCUUGCAGCAAGGUCACGAGACAAGUGCCUUGUUGAUUCUGGAGAAAAUCAGCGACAGGAAUCUCAUUAACUGCACCAACGCUGCUCUGCAGACGCCCUUGCAUGUAGCAGCCAGGAAGGGAUUGACAGUGGUGGUCCAGGAGCUGCUGGUGAAAGGAGCCAGUGUGUUAGCUGUGGAUGAGAAUGGUUACACUCCAGCUUUGGCUUGUGCUCCCAAUCGGGAUGUAGCUGACUGCUUGGCCCUCAUCCUCAACUCAAUGAUGCCCACCUCACCAUGGUCACCAUAGCAGCUUUGCCCACUCUCUCGCUUACUCAAACAGUCAUCAACCACCACCCUAUCUCAAACCACAUUUCCAAAGGUGUGGCCUUUGAUACUCCAGCCCACUGAGACCUGACCACGCCUCCUACUGCAGGCCAGAACGCCUGCUGUCCUCUGUCUCCGGAGAUGAUGAAAUGAAUGACUCAGAUUCAGAAACGUACUGAGGACUAGUGGAACCUCAAUACUGGCAGGUUAGCCAGCCACUCAGGAGCCUUAAUAGAUCACUGACAAAAGCUUGACAGGGCAGUAAAUACAAGCAGAGUAUUCUUAGGUAAGUCUCUUCAAAUCUAAAAAUAAUCCUCGUCUGAACCA